AUGUCGCAGUGGCGCAUCAAAGGUUACGUGGCGGACUCAGAUGAGGAAGAUGAUCUUGACCUGGACGACUCGACGCCGAAGCCAUCGGAGACCAAGGCUUCUUCCCUUGAACAUCCUGAGGCGGCUGCAGAUUCCGAGUCGGACCGUUCUCUGACACCGAAAGGCGAAGCCAUAGUUCCUCUAGGAAGCCAGGAUGAACUCUCCCUGGACAGCUCACAAAACAGGGUACUUAAUGGGCCUCGCCUGCGUCUUAAUACCACCAAUGGAAAUAGCUCGCCCACGCCCCGAACGGACACUUUCUCUCGGCAAAGGGGUCCUCAUACGAAUCGCAGCGCCCAUGCCGCCAACCCUAAUCUGCCUGUUUCGUCGGAUGGUAUUCCAAUCGCCGGUCAUCCUAGCUCCGAGAUUGCCACUGGGAGCCCCACGCAUGCGCAUGCAGGGAAAUCCCUCUCCACUCAGCUCUUUUCCGACGAGCAAUUGACUUCUACCCCAGGACAUGUCCCGCAAGUUGGUCUCCCGAGACCGCUUACUCCAACGCACGAAAACGAUGCCGUGGACGAAUUGCAGCAAGACAACAUCUCUGCCUUUUCGAGCCCUUUAAGUGACGCCAGAUCUGACAUCGAGCCUCCUGAUUAUCUCACAUCAUCGCCGCCGCUACUUCCGUCAGGGCGACACCCACAAGAGCAGAAUAAGAAUGGACCUCGGCAGUUGGUUCAAGUAGUGAUACCUCCACGGGAAGCAAUCCAGUUCGACGAAGCGAUUGCCGAGAAGAUUCGGAUGGGACGGGCGUUGAGGAAACGGAACCCCAUCCAGCUACAUCCAUACGCUCUGGAGGCUGUACAAUGGGACCGGAAUUUCAAGUCCAGAGGGUUGAAGCCUGUGCAUGUUGCCCUAGAGCAUCAAAAGCACCACGAAAAGCAGGACAGGCCGAACCACGGGGAAAGCCAAGAGCUAGAUUCUCAAGAUAGAGAUUUUGUGGCUGAUCACACUCAAUUGAGUAGUGUAAGGCACAGCUCCCCCAUCGAACUGCCGUCUUCACCACCAAAUCUGGAACGGACAACAUCACUGCCGGCCCAACCAAAUCCUCGGACCAGUCUGAGCGAUGCGUGCAUGGACAUCGAUGAUGAAGACUUCGAGUUUCCAGAUUUGAGUGUACUCUUGCACAGGAAGCAUGACGGAAGUGUCCAGCAGGGCUUCAAGCGGCGGAAGAUACUGCACACUUUUUCCAAGAAGGGAUCACUCAACAGGACCAGCUCCGUGCAUCACCCACCGCGGGCCAGCAACGCAUAUCAAACGCAACAAAUCAACACGCUAUUUGAAGCUCCGCUCUCCCCACCCACUUCCGAGAAUCUUCCAUAUCAGAAUGAACAGCUUCGAAAAGCCCAUCGCCCCCCACAGCUGCGACACCUACCUCCGAUUCGGCUACCGCUGCCGUCAACGCCAGCUACGUCAUCUACGAGAAAGCCGGUUCAAGUGAGAUCUGUGGAUUCUGAUUCUGAUGACGAACCGCCCAUCAGUACUGCACGCCACCGGGGACUUCAGCGCACGGCUUCUGUCACGGUUUUGUCUUCUGAAUCGUCUUCCGAUGAAGGAGAUGAGGGAAAUAGCAAUGAAUAUGGAGAAAAAAGCCUUGAACAAGCGAAGAAACGAAUCAAGGGCGUUCUUCCUGCAUCAUGGCUGAGGCUGGACCAACAGGCUCAAGCGACUCGAAAACCACCCUCAGAGCCUUUGCAUUACCAAAGACCGAUCUCCGAUGCUUCUCCUCGCCCAGGUAUUCCAAGAAUAAUAUCUCGCCGUGCAAGUCCAGGUCCCUCGACUCGGCAAAGAAACGUAGACCCGAUCGUUAUCCAGGAUGAUCUUAGUGAAUCCGGUAGCGAUUCGGCUUCAGCGAGUAUGCCUCAGCCACGGCAAAACCUUGAAGCGGAUCUUGGCUUUGUUGACAGCUUUGAUGAUAUGGGUGCUUUUGAAAUUCAGGAACAUGACUGGAUUGACCCAAUGUUACCCCCGGCCCCACGCCAGAGUGUCAGAAAGAAGCAUGGGAAGAAACGACAACUAAAGCUGACGGACACGAUGGGUACCCGGGCAGAGUCGCAUCGCCUUGACAAAUCAGACCGACCUCUCCAUUCCAGGGGGGCACGCCCUGGGAAAUCCAAGUCAAAGGCCACCAACGGUCAGCGGUCGAGACGUGUGCCUAGAAGCCGGGCUCCAGAACUGAGCAUCCUUGAUGCCCCACUUCUGAAUAAGGAAGGAACUGCAAGAGUCCCCCAAUUCCUCAAGAUCGCUGCUCGUCAAGCGCGGCAACAUCCGAACAAAGGCAGGCACAGUCCAACCAACAAGCUCAUUAGGCUGCAGACUGAGGCUGAUACUGAAGAUGCGAACCUCGCGCUUCGUGACUGGCGUGCGAGUAAAAUCAAACCCUCAACGAGGAACAAUGCAAAUCCUCAAACGACGCAACCACCUCUUCACAAAUGCAUCCUGGAUGUACACGGCCAGUAUCGCCAAAAGCGUCUGCCAGCACCUGAGAAGCUUCAGAGGGACGAUGGCUCUCCGAGCAGGAGCGAAUUGUCUGGUCCUGAAGGCGGUAGAGUCAACACCGAUCAUUCUAUGAUGCGUCAAAUGAAACUCAACCCGAUAGCAAUACCCAGAGAUGCAUCGCCAAACCCUUCCUCCAAAUCUCGCAAAUCAAAGCCAAAAUUCAGUAUUGCGCAUAGACCCCCAUCUCUCCAACCGAAGCCAAAGCAGCCAGGUUACAGAACAGCUCAAUUGGAGAGAUCUGAAAAUGAGCAUGAAUCCCGAGACCGUGUGGUUGCCUUUCGCAGAAAGCUUUCGCAAUUGGACCGCAUGUAUGUCAGCGCCAAUAAAAUACAAUUUCGGGACGCUUGGACAGGCCAGUCGAGGAACCCCCGACUGGAAAGGUUUCUUCAAGAUAAGGAUGAAAUUACACCUUUACCGGAUCCUCAUCCCGAACCAACCGUAGUCAUUCCCAGCGUCGAACACGAGGAUCCCCGACCUCUACCCAAGCCAAGAAGAAGGCUGAAAGCGAAAGUCCGACGCAUCGACGUUGAAACCCGGGAGUUCAGGCAGCCCAGCGACCCCGUACCGCACAUUCAGGAACGACUUUCUUCACCUCCAUUACAGACCACCGUCACUGAGGCCCCUCGGCUGGAAGGCCUUGGGCUAUACGGUACUCGGUAUCCUAUGGAUUUUGACGUUUCUCGACUGUGGUCCGGGACAUUCUUCCACGAAAGUACAAUGAUAGGCAGUGGCGAAUUCCAACAGGCGCUAAAUUCUGGCUGCCGCGACAUGGAUGCGCCUACCGGUCUUUCCACCUUCAGUCACGAGGGUACAGUCUUCCGAUGGGGUGCUUGGACGGAAGAAGUAGCCUCCGAAAUGGCGUCCCUCCUAUCAUCGACUGCCAGUCGCCUCGAAAAUGCCCAGAAUCGAACGGAGGACUCAUCCGACCGUUCUCUACCCAUGGCUCUGAUUGAUUUUCUUUGUGUCUUGAGAAACAUUUCUAAAUACUUCUCGACAACUCUACAUUUUUUGGACCCCAUCGACCGUCGUCCGUUUGUGUCGAGAAUGCAAAAUCUGCUCGACUCAGCGUCGGGGAGCAUCCUUGCAGACCUCGCCAACCUAUCCGACAACCCGAUUCAAGAUGAUGGCAAUCAGAAAAUGCGAUUACGUCUGUCGGUAAUGCUGGCAUUGCUGGCGCUCCAAGUAACGCAAGUUGCGGAUCAACAACAAACCUUCGUUCCUGGGAAAGCAAGCACAAACUCACUGUUCAUAUCUCUCGUGAAGCCAGCCCUCCAGUCUGUCUUACGAAAGGGCAUGGGUGAGCUUCGAAGUUACAUUGAUGAGAACCGCCGUCACACUGCUCGCGAACAAGGCAUACGUGAGGACAGGGUUGCUGUCGAAACUGUUGUUAUGGUCAAUCAUAUGCUCCUCGCUCGCGGAACGCCACAGCAAUCAUUCUGGGACCUUGUCAAGGACGAAUGGACUUCUUCAAUCGCCAAGUGUUGCCACGUCCAAUCGUUCGAGCGCUUUUGGUACAAUGUCUUCGGCCUACUUCCGUAUUUGGAAAUCGAUUCGAGCGGUCUUGUCAAGCCAGAGCAUUGUCUUCAUUCCACUCAGGGCGAUUGGGCAGCAGCCGUGCCAAUGAUCAACCGGCUUUUCACACUCUACCCCGAAACAGUACGGACUAACGGAGCGUCCAUCAACGUUUACGUCCGAGCCUGCCUCACGAGAUGUUACAAUCUCGUUCAUGUCUGGGGCUGGAAAAAAUGUGAUUCUCUACUGACUUCAGUCUUUGAUUUUUUCUCGCGUCGAGGUUUCAAUCAUCUACAAAACGAGGAAAGCAAGGGCUCACCGCGCUUCCUAGAGGAUUUGCACCAACAUCCUCGAUUAGAUGUACAACCUGAUGAUACGGCCUUCCACAUUUUCUUGAGAAUUCUGGCUGUAGGUUUCCAGUGUUUGCGACGGAUUUGCACAGAAAGGCAGAUUCAGAGUAUUGCCUGGAGGCUAGUGCCAAAUCACCGGCGGACCUAUCACAAGGAAGAAGACUUGAGACAAGAGGAUUUAGAUGGGCUGCGUAACCAGCAUGACCUACUGUGCACCCUAUACUGGGUCUCACCGCCAGGAUUUCGACCACGGUUAACCUCCCUACGCAAUCUUGUGGACCAAACUAGAUCCCAUAGAGAGGUUUGCCGUCUCAGCGUGCGAGCUUGGUCGAACCUUGUCAGGUAUCAGAUAUCUACUACCGAAGGAAACGAGCCUCUGAUGCCAUUCGCGGAAUGGUUCAAGGAGAUCAUCUCUCAGAACUUGAUCCAGUACAGACUGGCCAGAUCCGAGGCCGAGAGUCAAUACGAAGCUGCGCGAUCGUCAGGGAACGAUAACGUCUCAGCAGAGCAACUCCAGUUGACCAUCAAGAACAACCAGGCACAAAUAGUGGCCACACUCGGAGAUGCUGUGUACGGUAUGAAAGCGGCAAUGGCAACAGCUCGUGAAACCGGAACCGCUAUCUCGUUGCUUCACAAGUCCGCAAUUGCUGAUGCCUUCAAACUGUUCGACGCCAAGAAUACUCAAGUUGGUAGGCUCAUUGCGGAAGUGCUAGAAGUCUUCCAGGCUUGCCUCAGGCUCCUUCGGAACCAAGACAAUCACGGAGAAAGCCAGCAAGCCAGUGAAGACAGCCAGGACUACGGAAGCGGCUUCAGCCUUGAGGACAUUGAACCUACAGUCAUCAGCAGCACAACUGUUUCACUGUCUUCCAUCGACUUCCUACAUGACGCCGUAUGGCAGCUGGUCUCGAGCUGUUUUGGUGCCGACACCGCACCCGACGAUGCGCUUCUCAUAAAGGUAAUGGAGACAUGGACAAUGAUCGCGCAUCAUUUGGUUCGUAUAGGCCAAAGAGGAUGGUCCAAUUUUCUUGACCCAUACCACGCAAACUCGUGGCGCCAACUACAGGAUACUGAGCAGACACGUCGAUACACGGCGCUUUUCAUGGCGAUGGUCCUGGAUCAGGAUGCGCACAGCUAUGACGAAAACAAGGACGGCAUAUUCCUGUCCUGGUUCUUGUCGCUCGUUGAGCGCGAGUCUACACUAAAGUUUCAGCACCGGCUCACGACAAGCCUCAUCAACAGAGAUCCAGGUCAUCCGCUCCUCAGAAACCUACCCUUCUUGGUGGACCCAAAAAGCAGCCGUGUCGACAUCAAGUUAUCCGAGUUUCGUCAGCGGCGCUUGGCCUUGAUUUCAAGCGUAUUGUCCAACAUGCGGGACGAUUAUGAAGGAGCCAUGUAUGCUGGCCAUAAUGAUCUUCCAGGACUUCGUAGGGGCUAUGCGGGCCUCAUAAGACAGUUCAUGGCUGCUAUGAAGAAGAACUAUCUUGACCUGGGACAAAGCUCUGCCAUCAAGGGCGCCUAUGUGGAGUUCGUUCACAACGUAGUCGAGUUCCUUCAGCAGCACACACACGAAAUUUGUCCAGUCGAUCAAUUUUUCACUGACUCAAGCGCUUUCCCCUUACCCGCAACGGACCCGACCUAUGUGGUGGGCAGAUUGAAGAGUUACGCGCCAAAACUUCUGGAACAAAAGACCCUCAAGCAACUAGUCUCGUUCAUUCAGAACGUCUCGGAGCGUGCCGCUGUCGACAAUGAGCAGGCAUAUCUCGCCAAUCAGCUCUGCACAGCAACCGUCGGGAAGCCCGAGCAAGGCGAUGCCAGGAAGCCAACUCUCCGACAAGUCCUGCUGUGCGGCAUAUUCCCCGCGUACAUCGAACAAGCAUUCAAGACGACCGCCGGCUGGAUCCUCGCCAAACCCCUCCUGCAAGCGUCCCGCCCCAUCCUCGAGAAACUCGACUACCAAAGCUGCCAGUACAGCCUCUCCGACGCCGGCAGCGUCGCCGUCGUCGACGCCCUCCUCUCAACGAUGCUCGACGCCAUGCACGGCGCGACGGAACUCCUCAUCACCCACUCGGGCCUCCUCGAACAGCCGCACGUCCUGCACAUGCUCGCGCUCGUCUUCGACGCCGUCGCCGCCACCGUCCUGCCGGCCGCCCACCUCCACCGCCGCACCGGCCGCGCCAGGGGCGCCGUCCAGCGCAUCGACGCCUUCAGGGCCUUCAGCCUCUUCGUCGCCUCCGGCAUCAUCGCCAUCGCCAACGCCAACCCCGACGACGAGGACGCUUCUGUCAACGCCUUCGCCUUUUCGCCCUACCCGGCUACCGACCCGGACCCGCUUCCCGAAGAGCAGACGACGUACCCAUUCGCCGAGGCGCGCCGGCUGUGCGUGCGGAACCUGGCCGAGGCGGCGAGCGCCAACCACUGGGUCCAGCAGGAGCAGGGAGAGGGGCAGGGGCAGUUCUUCCUCGUCCGGAAGAAUAACAACAACAACAACAACGGAGGCAGGACGGCCGUGGCCAUCCACACGGCCGUGCGGUCGCUGGACGAGGAACGGCAGCGGUGCGUCGGCGCGAUCGAGGCGUUCCAUGCGCGGCUGCGGCUGGCGCUGUGGGAGGGCGAGGAGGAUCUGAGGCGGAAGAGGGGGGAGGGGAAGAGGGGGAGGUGGCCUACGGGUGGCGAUGGGGAAGUGGUGGUGAUAUGA